GUCUAUUGAAAAUUUCCAGACCAUCGAAAUGAGGACAUUGGCGGUGUUGCACGCAGCUUUAGUGGUGUUUGUUAUGGCAGAAAGGCCGAAGCAGAAGGAUAGCACCGGCGCGUUCCUCGUCAAAAUCAGCGACAUUCCGGUCGGUAGCUGUGGCUCCGACUCGUACUUCGGCCUAGGCAUGAUGAACGGCAGUUUGGAGGAGUGCGAACGGUGGAAACUCACUGACCCGGCGGCCAUGCGAGAGUAUGAAGAAUACAAGUGCAAACAUCUUCGAGUGCAUGCCCACAUGGUAGGCGGAAAAUGCGUUUGCGAGCCGAAAUGGAAAGGACCGAUUUGUAACGAGUUUGAAGGCUGUCCCGAAGGACAUGCACUCCAUGGCAAAGUAUGUACUGCGAAUGUUUGCCAGCAUGGUGGAACACUUGCCGUUGGAAGAAAAGAGAUUGAAUGCAUCUGUGAGGUUCCCUGGGAUGGACGCUACUGUGAAAGGUUGGCAUGCUGGCGAAAGACGAAAUUCGGACAAGACAAACGAUUCCGCAAUCAAGUGGAUCACUGUGUUUGCACUCAGUACUUCGAAGGCGACAACUGCGACAAGAUCAUCGGCUGCAUGAACGGAGGCGAAUUGCAAAAUCACAAAUGCUUAUGCAAGGAGGGCUAUGGUGGAGAAGUCUGUGAAAAGAAAUGUCAUAAAGGACAACUCACAUGUUCGACAUGCAGCGUCAUGGCCACCAUGACGGUGGUGAUCAGCAUUGCAGCUACUGUCUUUCGACAGUGAUCGUCUCCAGUUCAAGAACACCAUUCCUAGAGCAGCUAGGCUAUUCUCUUCUUCACUCAGCUCUCGUCUCAUCUCAUCCGCUAACGUUGCCGCCAUGACGGCUUGAUUCAUGGCUGAUUUUUCUCAGCUAUUUUCACCUCAACUCUCUCAUUUCGUAACCGCGCUAAUCGCUAUAUCUUUCUCAGCAGAAGCUCGUACUAGCUACAUAGAUAUCUUUGUACAUAUAUCUAAUCGCUCCCGACAUCUACAUGUUGUUGUAUAUUUUAGUAUUGCUUUACGUACUCGUUUUGUUGUGAAGAACGAAUCAUUUAUUGAAGUACUGCCGAUAGUGUUAUGUUCAUGUGAGGUAGCUUGCCAGUAUGCGAUAUGUUUUCGUUGUUUUCUCCUCAAAAUCCCAAAAGGCUUUCUCUUUUUUUGUUAUGCGCGAGUCAAGUUGUGAUGUUAGAAGCAGUUGUAGAGUAAACUCGUUC